AUGACCAGCGACGUGUCAACCUCAACAUCGACCCGGCCGUUCGACGAGCCGACACCAUUCCAUAAAGCCGCCCGCGAUGGGACCGGUAAUCCACAGUUACUGCUUGAGAAGCUACCGGCUAUGCUUCACGGUGUCGAUAUAAAGAAAGGAUACACUACUGACCGGCAAGACAUCUCGGAGCAAACCACAGUCUUCAAACAUCCGGCGAGAUCGCACCCGCGCGCGAUAUUACACACGAAUGCGCAGAUGAAAGCUACCAUCCCUGCGACAGUGGAUAGGUUUCAACAGGCUUUGGAUAUGUUGGAGAUUGAAAUUUUAAAAGCAAAAGCAGUCCUCCACCGCGACCUCACAAAAUUCUACACAGCAGCAGAACUAGCCCGACAAAAGGAACUAGAAGAGGAGGAAAGAAAAGCAGCGUUAGAAAGAGAAGCAGAAGCCGAACGGUUACGAAUUCUAAAACAAUCCGAAGAAGCUGAAAAACAAGCUGCAGCGGAAGCCGAGGCCGCUGCUGCCGCCGCCGCCGCCGCCGCCGCUACUGCUGCUGCAAAUGCUGCUGCUGCAGAAGCAGCACUUAUGGCCGUACCGACUAUAUCCACCGACCUGGAAAUGACACUUGACGAUGACGAACCACCGCCGUCUGCUCAACCGCUUCCCAUGGAAACUCAGGAUACAGAUAUGGACCAAUUAUUCGAAGACAUGCAAGAUGUCGAAUCCCUAAAAGUCGAAGAAGACGCAUCCGUACCACCACAACAACAAGCAACGUCAACAUCAACAGGGACAAAUACAACAAACCCAUUAUCUCACCCACUAGAAAUGAACAUCCCCCUCGUAGCCGCGAGUGCCUCUAAUGUCAUCUCCCUCGACGAUGAUGACAAUAAUAAAAAUAACAAUACGGCUACUACCAAGUUGGAUGGGAAGCUAAAACCGGAUUCUUCACCUAGUCUAGUAGCUGCAACGUUCGAAGAUCCUAUUAUAUUAGAUUCACCGUUAUUACCUGCCGGUGAAGGGGAUGACGAAGGGGAACCCCCUUCUGCUGUGGAUUUAUUCGGUGAUGACCCGUUAAAUCCUGUUGGCGAGAGUAGUAGUAAAGACGGUAAUGGCGUCGGAGGAGUCUCUGGUGGGAAUAUGACGAUCGAAGAACAGAUUGAUAUGGACUUUUUGUUUGCUGGGAAUCCAUCCAAUCCCGCAGAUGGGAAUGGUGUCACUUCUGCCGUUGGCGGUGGUGUUGGUGUUGGUGUUGGUACUACGGGGAAUAACGGUGGUGCGCAUGAAACUUCUGUGGAUGAUUUGUUUGGAGAUUUGGAGGUUGAUACAUCUGGCGAUGCUGGUAAACUUGAUAUAAUGAACUUGGAUAUUCCGGGUUUGGAGAAGGAAGCUGGGAAAGUUGGAGGUGAUGAUGCUAAGAAGGUAACGGGUCAGGAUCAACCUGAUAUUGAUAUUACUCAGGCUCUAGAGGGGGGUUCAUUUGAUGACUUAUUGGCCAGUUUUGAUCUCGGACAGUUGGGAAAUGAUGAGACCAGCUUGUUUGAUGAUGCAUUUAAUAUUUAUGAAAACUAG